GUGUGAUAAUACGAUUUGUAUACAAUUGUUUAUUGAAUAUUAUUUUUAUUGAUUUUAUUACAAAAGUAUUUCAACAUGAAUUUAAAUAUUGUAUGUGAAUCCCCAAAUAUAAAUGACAUAAAAACUAAAUGUUCAAACGAACAAAGUCUAACAACAAAAAUAUUCGUAAAUUCUACAUUUAAAUCUAUUUUUCGUAAAAAAGUAAAUUUUGGAAAUACACCUUUGGGAUACAUGGUUCAUCAUAUUGUAUUAAUACAUCCUAUCCCAAAUAAAAAAAUUUCUUAUGUAGUUUUACCAUUUAUAAAAAAUUCUUGUAUUGAUAUUUAUCCUUUAGAAGGAAAUGUAAGACCAGAUUGCAAACCUGCAGAAAUUAUGGUGAUUUAUAGACCUUUGAGGUAUAUUACUUUGAAUUUUGAAUUACAAAUAUAUAUACCUGAAUUAUGCAAAACACACGUAAUAACAUUUUAUGCAGAUACUAAACCAAAAUUGCAAAGAAAUUUGCAUGAAGAUAUAUAUAGACAUAAAAAAUGUAUAGAAACUAAGAUAAAUAAAUUAACUAAGAGAAAACCUAUUUUAUUAAAAAAAACAUAUCCUAUAUUAAAAAAUAAAUUAAGAACAGAUAUUUGUAAAGAACAUCCACAGUAUGAAAAAAAAUCUUUAGAAUGGUCAUAUAAAUUUCAUAUGAUGCAAGUAGUAAACCAAAUAUAUGAUAAAUACUAUGAAAACUUUCAUGAUGAACAUGAAUUGAGAGGUCCCUUAAAUAUUUAUUUAUCAGAAAUGAUUGAACAUAAAUUAAAAUUACAAGAUUUAUUUUUAUAUAAAUCAGAAAUCUAUCGUAAAGAAAAUAAUCGAACAAUGUUUCAUCAUAAACCAAAAGUUGGUUUUGAUGCCAAAUUUCUUUCUGUCAAAGAACUGCAAAUAAUUACGAUGGAACGGAAAUUUAAUUGGGUUUAUUAUAAAUGUUCAAUCAUUACAACACAGUUUAAAGAAUUAAUUAAUAGAGAUAAAUCUAUAAAAAUAAAACAAAGAAUACUUAGAACUGCUUUAAAAUAUCCUGAAACUACAAUUACAUUAGAUACCAAUAAAAAAUGGUCUUUAUAUUAUUGUAAAAUAAAUACUUUUAUUGAAGCUGCUCGGAAGAUUAUUUUACAAAAUCGAUUAAUCAAAAUUCUUAAAAAGUUAAAGAAUUUGACACUUUCUCAAGCAGAAAGAUUGGAAAUGAAUGAUCAAAGCAAUAAGAAAUAAACAAAUGAAAGUGCAGAUACUCAAGAAAGUUGAGAAAAUUAAAGUUAAAUUUUAGGACAAAAUAUUAUUA